AAAACAAGCAUGAGGCCAAGAGGAGGCGAACAGAAAGAGUUAGGAGAGAGAAGAUAAAUUCUACAGUAAAUAAAGAUUUAGAAAACAGAAAGAGAUCUCGAAGUAACAGCCAUUCAGACCAUAUCAGACGAGGAAGAGGAAGACCUAAAAGUACAUCUGCCAAAAAACACGAGGAAGAAAGAGAAAAACAGGAAAAGGAAAUUGACAUCUAUGCUAACCUCUCUGAUGAAAAGGCUUUCGUGUUUUCAGUCGCCUUGGCAGAAAUAAAUAGAAAAAUUAUCAAUCAAAGACUUAUUCUCUGAUAUUUGUCUACAAAAUCUGUUGCCACUUUCUUCAGGAUUACAUCAGCAAAUUCUCAAACAGUUGCGGACUCCCAGGAGCAUUCUGACUUAUGAAUGAGGGCCAUUGAUUGUUCUUUCUGUUAUCUAGUCUGGUGCCGCACUUCGGGAGCAAAGCUGUGUGUUUAGACUUGGCUGGCAUUUCCUUGUUUACCAAGGAUUAUUAUCAGUGUUUUGUGUUGGGAUAUAACUAAAUGUAUUUACAAAAAAACAAAAACAACAAAACAAAACAAAAACCCUACCAGAAAAAGCCUCCAAAACUGGAUGGAUAGUUACAGAUUGAAGGUGGGCGCACAAAAACUAGGGCAAUUAAAAUGCGUCAUAGUUUUCAGGUUUGCACCAGAAAUGCAAUAUUUUAAGUACUGUCAAAAGAGUGACUUUUAAAUAUAUAUAUAUAUUUCAGGCUUUCAUCAGUAACAGAUUGCAUAUAUACAAUCCAUUGACUUUUAAUAAAUUGGUAAUUGAUAUUUUAUUGAAUGGAGAAUUACGAAUAUAGAUUGUAAAUUCUGUCUUCAAUUGACCUUUUUCUUGGCCGCUAUUUUAAUGAUUUAAGGUAGGAGUUAUAUUUUCAGAAACUUUCUAGACAAUUUGAAAAUCUGGGUGCUAUAUGAAGAAAAGCAUUUAAGGCUGUAUCAUAUUUCAGAUAUAAACACCUUGUUUUCUUGAAUGUUUAUUUAUUGGUUUAAAAAAAUGUUUCUGUUAUCAAGAUGGUGCCUGUUAACCUAAACACAAGAUAUAUUUAUUACAUGCAGAAUAUUUCAUAGCUACUUGUAAACAGUGAUGUUUUGUCUGAAUGAAUGUUCAUUUAUACAUAAUUCUGGUAAUUAUUUAAACUGUUACUUCAUCCUGGAAAAAAUAAACCUUAAUAUUGAAAGUG